AUGGCAACACGAAAAUUAUUUGUACCAUCUCGUUACAUCUUUACGGCAUUAGUGUCUAUUGCCUUGGCCGUCAUUUAUGGAUUGAAGGUUAAUCUGAGUGUGGCAAUCGUUGUAAUGAUUAAUUCUACGGAACUUAGAGCAGAGUCGGUGGCCAACGAAGGUUAUCUGUCUGAAAAGAAUCAUUCGUUGGCUUACGGCAUUAGAAGCGGAUCAUCUGAAUUUGCUUGCCAUGAUCCUUUUUCCGAAUCAAACAAAACCUCCUAUAUACAGGAUGGACCUUUUGCGUGGCCAGAGAAUGUCCAAGGCUUGGUUUUGGGGGCAUACUUCUGGGGUUACAUUCUUACUCAGAUUCCCGGUGCAAGGAUAGCUGAAAAAUACUCCGCCAAGUGGGUCAUUUGGAUUUCAGUCCUCAUCAAUGUCGUAUUCACCAUUUUAACACCGUUGGCUGCCCACAUAAGUUACAUCGCUGUCCUCGUUGCCCGUUUCAUUGAAGGACUGGGCGCUGGAAUGUCACCUCCAGCCGUCCACGUUAUGUUGACCAAAUGGGUUUUACCGCAAGAGCGCAACUUGAUGUCUUCUUUGGUCUAUGCUGGAAUGGCAUUGGGGACGGUACUUUCCCUUCCAUUUUCUGGCAUGCUGGCGGCUGUCAGUGGCUGGGAAUCGGUUUUCUACGUCCAAGGUGGCCUGGCCAUGAUCUGGUGCGUUUUGUGGCUCAUCUUCGUCUACGACUCGCCGCAGGACCAUCCGCGCAUCCAUCCAGAAGAAUUAGAACUUUUUCGUGCAUGCAGCAGGGGACACGGUGAUCAGGGAAACGAGGAAAUGACAUGCGAAGCAAAAUUGGAAAACGGGGAUCUUGAUUCCAAAUCUUUAUCAGCCAACCUGGACGACAAAGAUCAAUCUCAUCAUAAGAGCGGUGGUUAUUCGAAUUUAACUGUGCCGUGGAGAGCUAUUGCAACAUCAGGUCCAUUUUGGGCUAUUUUUAUUGCUCAUACGUGCGCCAAUUUUGGGUGGUACAUGUUGUUGGUUGAACUACCCACAUAUAUGAAGGCCAUUUUGCGUUUCAAUAUCAGUGAGAAUGCUGGACUAUCUGCAAUUCCCUAUUUGAGUCUAUGGAUAUUCAGUAUCAUUUGGAGCAAUCGUUUAGAUUGGGCAAAAAACAAAGGAUGGAUCAGCACAACGACAGUCAGAAAAUUAUCUACAGCCAUUGCAUCCAUUAUUCCUGCCGCUUGUUUUGUCGGCGUCAGUUUGGUUGGAUGUAAUCGCCAAGCUGCCGUAGCUUUGAUGACUGUCAGCACAAUGUUCAUUGCUGGAACGUAUUGCGGCUUCCUCACCAACCACGUUGACAUUGCACCAAAUUAUGCAGGCACCCUAAUGGCUCUAACAAACACGGCGGCUACUGUUCCUGGUUUCCUCGUUCCCGCGUUUGUCGGCCAUUUAACGCACGGAAAUCAAACGUUGGGUCAAUGGAAAAUCAUUUUUUACACAUCGGCUGCGGUUUAUCUCGUUGAAUUCGUUGCCUACACCAUGUUGGGAUCUGGAGAAGAACAACCAUGGAACACUGUUUUCCAGCGUAAAAGCGAAUCUGGCAAGAGCGAAACCGAGGGAGAUCAAGCGAGAAGAAGUUGAAAAGGAAACGAGAACUGGAUAAUAUAGAAAA